UGCGGGGAGGGGAGAGGGAUAGGCGCAAAGGCGGACGGGUAAAAGUGGGGUGGGGCUCGGGAGGACGGUUUUGUGGCGAGGCCCCGCCCCUCUUCGCGUGCGUCAUCCACUCCUUCCUCCUCCUCCCCCUCUCUCUUUGCAGUGGGGACCUUCUUGGCUGAGGGGGGCAGGCCUCGCGAGGGGGUUGUUCAUGGAAGAGAUGUCUGGAGAAACAGUGGUGAGCACAGCAGUGCCGGCAGCCGCCACUCGCACCACCUCCUUCAAAGGCACCAGCCCAAGCUCCAAGUAUGUGAAGCUGAACAUCGGCGGAGCCCUGUACUACACCACCAUGCAGACGCUGACCAAGCAGGACACCAUGCUGAAGGCCAUGUUCAGUGGCCGGAUGGAGGUCCUCACCGACAGCGAAGGCUGGAUUUUGAUUGACCGCUGCGGCAAACAUUUUGGGACCAUAUUAAACUACCUGCGCGACGGUGCGGUGCCCCUUCCGGAGAGCCGGCGGGAGAUUGAAGAGCUGCUGGCAGAAGCCAAAUAUUAUCUGGUCCAAGGCCUGGUGGACGAGUGCCAGGCUGCCCUGCAGCAGAACAAAGAUGUCUAUGAGCCCUUCUGCAAGGUGCCCAUUAUCACGUCCUCCAAAGAAGAACAGAAACUUAUAGCCACAUCUAAUAAGCCAGCGGUUAAAUUGCUGUACAACAGAAGCAACAACAAAUACUCCUACACCAGCAAUUCAGAUGACAACAUGCUGAAGAACAUUGAGCUGUUUGACAAACUUUCACUGAGGUUCAACGGGAGAGUCCUCUUCAUCAAGGAUGUCAUCGGGGAUGAGAUUUGCUGCUGGUCUUUCUACGGACAGGGGCGCAAGAUCGCGGAAGUCUGCUGCACCUCGAUUGUGUAUGCCACAGAGAAAAAACAGACCAAGGUUGAAUUCCCGGAAGCCCGAAUCUACGAGGAGACGUUAAACAUCCUGCUUUACGAAGCCCAAGAUGGACGAGGCCCUGAUAAUGCGCUGUUGGAAGCUACUGGGGGGGCGGCCGGCCGCUCCCACCACCUGGAGGAGGAGGAGGAGCGGGAGCGUAUCGACAGAGUCCGCAGGAUUCACAUCAAGCGCCCUGACGACCGCACUCACCUGCAUCAGUGACAGAGGCCAGCCACGACCAACUUGCACUGUGCGGGGGGGAGAAAAUCCGUCCAGGGUCACUCCAGUUGCUGCAAGGCACCUGACUUAUAUUCCAUGAAGUCUAUAAACUGUUAUUUUCUAAAUGAACUAUACUAUUUUUGGUAUUUAACAAAGUAGUUUUAUCAUAAAAAUCAACAAGGUGGCCAGCUUCACAACGACCCUGAGGACUUUCUCAACAUUUUGGGGGGAUCAGUGUCUGCCUUAACUUAUCCAGCACUUUUAAUCCCAGCUCUCUUGUGCUUCGAGAGGAAUCUUCCUUCUGUACGAGUGUUUCCAUUUCCGCAUGUUUCCCUAACCUGGUGCUUUCCAAAUGUUUUCGGCUAAAACAUCUGGAAGGCGCUAGGUUGGGGAAGUCUGUACUAGCAAAACGCAGCUAUUGCCUGCGUCACCACCUCCCUUGAGUCCAGAGUACCAGAAAAGCACGGCUCCCCUUCCACCCAUCAUCUUCUUUCUCUCCCGGAAAGUUUUAACAUGAGCGAUGAGCUGCCUCUUUAUUCAUGCACUGUGAGAAAAUCUACUGUAGAAAAUGCCUUUGCUUGCUUUGGCACGGAGUUGCUUAUUUCUAAGUGUGUGUGUACAGACUGUGUGUGUGUGUGUAGAAUUUGCCUGUUGAUUUGUGGGUGGGAUAUAUUAUAUGAGGAAAUAUCCUGUGAUACUUCUAGGGCUGAACGAUCAUGCCUCAAUGCAGCUGCGCCACAACAGCUGUGGAAGAGCCCUCAGCCUUCCUCUUUUUUUGGGUGGGGGGGUGAAAAAGAGAUCUGUGUCAGUCUUUAUGGAACUGCACCUCAUGUGUGUUGCCUUGCCCCCUCCCACUUAACUGCUGGUGCAGUCAUUUAGGCUGUGAAUGUUUUUUCCAGCAAAGUCCACGCUUUGUCUCUUCCCAUUUUAGUCAGGCUUACAAUUGCCCAUUAUUAACAUCCAGUUCCACGUAGACAAGCCCCUUUGAUUUUGCAAGGGCAGUCUGCCAUCUUUGGUGCAUGUUACUUUAGAAGCUGUUCUUGCCUGUUCUGUACAUAGAUCAUCUUUUCAACAUUUUUGGACAGGUGGAAAACUGUGCGCAGGGCAUGAAACUGUAUUUGAUGCUUAACCUGAGUGCAGGGGACAGGUUGCUUUGGAGAAGGCUCUAAAGCAGCCGCACCUGUGACAACUGGUGGUGGGAAAGCAAGGGGCGAACAUACUUAUCUUUCUAGCCACCCUUCCACAUCAGAUGCAACUUUCGCAAAGGGCACACCACACACUUUCCCAGCUCAUGUAGGCUAUAUGGAUGCAGAGCCUCAGCUGUACUGCUUGGGAGGUAGAUAGCUGAGAUGUGUCGUUCCCGUAUAUGUGAGAAGAUAGUUGUGUGUAUGGGGACAUCUGCCAAGAGACUUACUUCAUAUUGUAUGUGUUUUGGGAAGGAGAGAUUCACAGU